GCGCGCCGACCUGCUCGACGUCGUGCGUGCGUACACUCUCCCCACACAUGGCCCACAACACCACACUCAUGUCAGCCAGCUCGUGCCGUGCGCAGGCCAGUACUGCAUGCCGGCCGAGGGCGUGCGGCUGAGCGCGCGCUCGGCGCUGCUGUCGCGCGACGAGCUGCUGCGGCUGGCGCGCGUGUUCGCCGCGCUCGGCGUGCGCAAGCUGCGCCUCACGGGCGGCGAGCCCACCUUGCGCGCCGACCUGCUCGACGUCGUGCGUGCGUACACUCUCCCCACACAUGGCCCACAACACCACACUCAUGUCAGCCAGCUCGUGCCGUGCGCAGGCCAGUACUGCAUGCCGGCCGAGGGCGUGCGGCUGAGCGCGCGCUCGGCGCUGCUGUCGCGCGACGAGCUGCUGCGGCUGGCGCGCGUGUUCGCCGCGCUCGGCGUGCGCAAGCUGCGCCUCACGGGCGGCGAGCCCACCUUGCGCGCCGACCUGCUCGACGUCGUGCGUGCGUACACUCUCCCCACACAUGGCCCACAACACCACACUCAUGUCAGCCAGCUCGUGCCGUGCGCAGGCCAGUACUGCAUGCCGGCCGAGGGCGUGCGGCUGAGCGCGCGCUCGGCGCUGCUGUCGCGCGACGAGCUGCUGCGGCUGGCGCGCGUGUUCGCCGCGCUCGGCGUGCGCAAGCUGCGCCUCACGGGCGGCGAGCCCACCUUGCGCGCCGACCUGCUCGACGUCGUGCGUGCGUACACUCUCCCCACACAUGGCCCACAACACCACACUCAUGUCAGCCAGCUCGUGCCGUGCGCAGGCCAGUACUGCAUGCCGGCCGAGGGCGUGCGGCUGAGCGCGCGCUCGGCGCUGCUGUCGCGCGACGAGCUGCUGCGGCUGGCGCGCGUGUUCGCCGCGCUCGGCGUGCGCAAGCUGCGCCUCACGGGCGGCGAGCCCACCUUGCGCGCCGACCUGCUCGACGUCGUGCGUGCGUACACUCUCCCCACACAUGGCCCACAACACCACACUCAUGUCAGCCAGCUCGUGCCGUGCGCAGGCCAGUACUGCAUGCCGGCCGAGGGCGUGCGGCUGAGCGCGCGCUCGGCGCUGCUGUCGCGCGACGAGCUGCUGCGGCUGGCGCGCGUGUUCGCCGCGCUCGGCGUGCGCAAGCUGCGCCUCACGGGCGGCGAGCCCACCUUGCGCGCCGACCUGCUCGACGUCGUGCGUGCGUACACUCUCCCCACACAUGGCCCACAACACCACACUCAUGUCAGCCAGCUCGUGCCGUGCGCAGGCCAGUACUGCAUGCCGGCCGAGGGCGUGCGGCUGAGCGCGCGCUCGGCGCUGCUGUCGCGCGACGAGCUGCUGCGGCUGGCGCGCGUGUUCGCCGCGCUCGGCGUGCGCAAGCUGCGCCUCACGGGCGGCGAGCCCACCUUGCGCGCCGACCUGCUCGACGUCGUGCAGGGCCUGAGCGAGCUGCGCGGAGUGCACACGGUGGCGAUGACGAGCAACGGGCUGGCGCUGACGCGGCGCCUGCCCGCGCUGCAGCGCGCCGGCCUCUCCGCGCUCAACCUGUCGCUCGACUCGCUGCGCGCCGAGCGCUUCGAGCGCAUGGCGCGCCGUCCGGGGUUGUCGCACGUGCUGGCGAGCUUGGACCUCGCGCUGCAGCUCGGAUUGCCCUCCGUCAAAAUUAAUACAGUCCUCAUGAAAGGGUUCAACGACGAUGAAAUCUGCGACUUCGUGGAGCUGACGAAGGAUCGGGAAGUCGACGUGAGGUUCAUCGAGUUCAUGCCGUUCGCGGGCAACAAGUGGCAGGACUCGCGCAUGGUGUCGGAGCGCGCGGCGCUGGACGCCGUGCGGCGCCGCCACCCCGCGCUGCGCGCGGCCGCGCCGGCGCCCUGCAGGACUGCCACGAUGUGGCAGGUGCCGGGCUACCGCGGGCGCGUCGGCUUCAUCUCGUCCAUGAGCGUGCCGUUCUGCGGCUCGUGCAACCGCCUGCGCCUCACGGCCGACGGCAACCUCAAGGUGUGCCUGUUCGGCGCGGCGGAGACGAACAUGCGCGACGCGCUGCGCGGCGGCGCGGACGCGGGCGAGCUGGCCGAGCUGGUGCGCGGCGCGCUGCGGCGCAAGCACAAGCAGCACGCCGCGGCGCCGCAGCGCGUGUUCGCGCGCGGCCUGUGCUCGCGCGCGCUCACGCACGUGGACGCCGAGGGGCAGGCGCGCAUGGUGGACGUGGGCGAUAAGCCGGUGACGCGCCGCUCGGCCGAGGCGGAGUGCUUCGUGCGCGUGUCGGCGCGCGUCGUGCGCCUGCUGCGCGCCGCGCGCCUGCCCAAGGGCGACGCGCUGACCGUGGCGCAGGUGGCGGGGCUGGCGGGCGCCAAGCGCGCGGCCGAGCUGCUGCCGCUGUGCCACCCGCUGCCGCUGGAGCACGCGCGCGUGCGCCUCACGCUGCCCAGCGGCGACGGCGGCGGGCGCGUGCGCCUGGCGUGCGAGUGCGCGGCGCGCGCGCGCACCGGCGUGGAGAUGGAGGCGCUGACGGGCUGCGCCGUGGCGGCGCUGGCGCUGUACGACAUGUGCAAGGCGGUGGACAAGGCCAUGGUGGUGGAGGGGCUGCGCGUGGUGCGCAAGGCGGGCGGCAGCUCCGACUGGCCGCCGCCCGCCGAGCCGCUCACGCUGCGCGCGCACGACACCUCGCCGCUCAAGCCCGACGAGACGUACGCGCCCACCGACGUGGUGCACUUCUAGCGCCGACACCUCCAUGCAAUACCCUCGCGAAGCAAAUCUACCUUUAUUCCCCUCACUCCUGUCGAUGGGAGUUUUGAACUUUUCUUCUUUCUGGGAUCAGUGGAAUAACUCAAAUGGAACCGUCUCGCACACUUGAAAUGGUAAACUUAUUUUGCGGUCGCAGGGACACGAGUAGCUAAUAAUACUUUGAACUUUAACAAAAUAGUUUUAAACUUAAACAGUAUAAAUAGAAGUAAUAUAUUGCAUUGAUAAAAUUUUCGCUAUGGUGCUACGAUAAAACAUAAUAUUAUAUUAAAUGUAAACGUAAAUAUUAUAAAAAUUUGUAUUUUUGAUAGUAUAUUUAUAGAAGUAUCUUCUAAGUACACGCUAUGGUAAAGAUGUAAGAAAUAGGCCUCUGCUCUUUAUUUUUUUUAAAAAAAAAAACAGGGAUCGUAAUGUAGGUACGUCUAUCUACAGCUACAAUUUGGAAGUAAGGUUAGGAUGAAAUGUUUUGUGUGUCUAGUCACAAGUCCACGGGUCAGGCUUGGAACCGUGGACUGUUGAAGAUAUAGCGACACACGCGGGAUGCAGCGGCGCGGGGUCAACGCGAUGUCUACACGACAAGUGCACAACAUGCACACAUUAAACAUUUCCAAAAUAUUACUACUUAUAGUUUUCUAUUUACAUAUUAUAUUAUAAUUGAUUAUAGAUUACUAUUAUCGUAAUAAGUAUGUUUUUUGUUUGACCGGCGGUGCGGCGACAGGUGAUAGUUUAGCUCUUUCUCAGGGAUCCGGGUGCAGGCAACACCGUAUGUAGUUAUUCAUUAUUUUGAAAACGCUUUUCUUAAAAUGAUUUCUCUCUUGCUACCUGCGAAGACUCCUUUGUUGGCGAAACUUCAAAGUCUCGAUCACCGCCGUAAGGUCGUCGACUUAUCGGUGUUUUAUAGGAUAUAUUUCGGAGAGUGUGCACACGAACUUUUCGAUCUUGUCCCCCCAUCACCAUUUUACCACGGAACCGCAAGACGUCGGGCGAGUAUCCAUCCUUAUGUUGUCGACAUCCCAUCUACACGCACAAAACGUUUUGCGUCUUCAUUCCUCAUACGCAUGGCUAAGGUUUGGAAUACUCUUCCGCGAUCUGUGUUUCCUACCAAUUACAAUCCGGGUAUCUUUAAAACAAGAGUGAAUACGCACCUUCUAGGUAAACGCGUCCCAUCUUAGACCACAUCAUCACUUUCCAUCAGGUGUGAUUGUGGUCAAGCGCUUACCUUUAGUGAAUUAAAAAAAAAAAUUUAACAUGCACGAUUUUAUUAAUCCUGAGCUGCUCUGCCAAUGUAAAUUUUCCAUACAAGAUAAGUAAAUAUAUUACAUUAAUGAUGUGAUGCAAUGACUUUAUGCAUUUUAUCUUGUUCAUUCCAAAAAGAAACAAUUUAAGGAAAACAAAGAGAUUAACUUAUCUCAAAGACGAGUUAAUUCUUUCAAGGUGAGGACAUAUUAUGACGGAUUUUUUCUUCAGGAAAAAAAAGUUCAGACUCAUAAAUUCAAUAAGUAAAUGUCAUGAUUUUGGUAUUUUAUCACGAAUAUUAAAUACGAUAUCUACGGUGUCUGGACCUCGCCUUGUAUCAUUUAUAUUUUUUAGAUUAAGUAGGUAUAAUAUUGAUUAAAUUUGAUAAGAAUGUUUUGUAUUUUUGUAUUGAUUAUCAUUUUCUUUGUGAUAUAAGUAAAUAGGUAAGUAUCAAAAUAUCGGUGUCAGUUUUUGCAAUCCCAUAAGAGAGUUUAAUGUUAUUAAUUAGCAUACCAUUUUUGGUGUUUUGUAUAUAAGUAACAUCAGUUUAACAAAACAGUCUCUCACCAGUUAUUUAUUUAUGUUGUAGCAAGCGUAGUGCCCGUGGUAGUGCCAUCGUGUCUCGUGAUCCAUGCACAGCUACUCCGGACUGUCACAUACCUAUAUGUCAAUGUAUAAUUUGGAACUAUACUAAAGGAUGCCCGAAAUGAUCAUUUGCAAUUGACAAUGCUCAUGUGAUUGAAGAUUUCAAAUGAUGGGUGAUUCAAGCUCCAAAUGAAGGCGUAUCAUUUGCGCUUGCUUCAAUCUGAUUCUGAAUUGUAUAGAAGAAAGUAAAGUCGCUCGAAAUAUGAUUUCAAACGCAGAUAUAGUUUUUUCUUGCAGUUUUUACCCACAAAAACGAAAAAAACUAGACAUUGGUCCAAGGAAUGUCAUAAACUAAGAUAUCGCUUCACUAAUGAACAUUUACCAAGAACUCUUCAAGAAACAGAGCCGGAUGAUUAUAAAAACGAUUGAUAUUUGCUGUCAUUGAACGUCAAUGCACAGCGCGUCAAUUGCCAUCAAUCAAAAUUUCCAUCAAUGUUCUUCAAAACCGUAGUUGCAAUUGACAAUUGCUCCAAUUCUCUUGGUAAACGAUCAUUUGGCAUUGACAAUGAGCAUCAAUCACGCAAACAUUGACAAUCGCGAUUGAUCGUCUCGGUGGCCCUUUAUGGAAGAUUUUUCAACUGUCAAAUAACAUUUAUCUGAAUAAAUUUUAGAUUUGACGUUUCUAUAGGAAAUCUGUCAAAUGUCAAAUCUAGUAUUUUAUCUUUGGAUUAAAUUUAUUUGAUGAUAUUAAUGAUGCUUGGAAUGUAAUAAUCUGGACUACCCACACACACUUAUGGAACUGCUCGGUGCCUUCCUGCUAAAGCUCCUUCUUUGUUAUUGAUACAUAUUCAAUGUGGUGGGUGUGUAGAAAAAUAAAAUAAAAAUUUUUGUUAAUUUUCAAAA